GAGGCAGGUCGUGCAGAAGAGGUAGCAGUAACCCGCCGGUAGUAGCAACCCGGCAGCUGGCAAGUACACCCCGCGCGCGGGUGUGCGGAUGCUGCACACCACCCGAGAGAGACUGUCACUCGGCUCUCGCUCUCGUGUCUGUGCGUGCGUGUGUGUAUGUGCGCGUGUGUUGUGUGUAUGUGUGUGACAAAUGUGCGUGAGCGUGUUCCGCGGAUAACAGCCACCCUCGUCGGCGUACUCGGGUAAUAUUUUGGGACACACACGAGUCGCAUCCCCGCGACUAUUUUUUUUUUUUUUUCCGGUUACUCGCGACGGUGCGAUCCGUCCGAUAACAUCGUCCGAAAACCUCGACGAGGAGGAGGCGAGCGAUCGAGCGGUGAAAAAGAAACGUCUUCCCAACAUCUUCGUGGGCAAUCUCCAUGUGCAACCCCGAAGAGGAGGAGAAAAAGAAAGACGUGCUGAUCGGUCGAUCGUAGAGGAGAAGAAACGCAGAGAUGAUGCGGUAGGGAAAAAAUUCGUGACUCAGGUGAACGUGCGAGUGUGUAGGUGUGCAGGUGUGAAAAACGACGACGACGACGACGACGACGACGACUAGGACGUGUUCUAGACGACGGCGCCAUGUCACACCGACCGGUGACGAACGAGGAUUCCUACCUGAGCUCCGGACGGCCGUCGAACCUGCUGCGUACGAGCUUCAGCAGCGCCCAUCUCGAGAAGCUGUACCGCGCCUCGUCGCUGCAGCAGCGUCGCGGCGGCUUCACGUGCUUUCUCAUGUCGGCGAUCCUGUACGGCGUUUACACGGUGAUUACGCCGGGUCUCGAGCUGACUGCGCGAUGCAUCGCCAUCGGUUAUCUGAACAUCAACAUCGUUCUGCUGGUGCUGGCCGAAUGCUGCACCCAUAGGGUCAUCAACCGGUUGUGGUCGGUGAUGAGGUGCUGCAUCGGUCAGUACUGGAUCCUGCACAUGUUCGCGCAGAUGCUCUUCAAACCCGGCAGAGUCACGCCGAGGGACGGUCUCGCCUGGAUGUUGCUUCUGCUGUACCUACUGUUCGCCGCGUUGCCGUUGAAACUGAGCCGUUGCGCGACCCUCGCGAUUUACAGCGUGCUCGUGUACUUCGUCGCCGUGACCGGUCUCACCUUCACGCCGGAGGAGUUCAGUCUUCUCACAAAUCCGCCCGUCGACGUUCUGAUCCUGACGGUGACGCUCUUUGCCGGCGCCGCUAUUAUGGGCGCUUGCAGCUACUUCCUGGCGGAGUUCCAGCAGCGCCGGGCGUUCCUGGAGACCAGGCAGAGUCUGGAGAUGCAGAUGCUGAUCGAGGAGCAGAGCGCGGAACAGGAGCGACUGCUGCUCAGCGUCCUGCCGGAACACGUCGCCGUGAAGAUGCGCCAGGAUCUCGGCGCGUCUCUCGACACGCAGUUCAAGAAGAUCUACAUGUCCAGGCACGAGAACGUGUCGAUACUUUACGCGGAUAUAGUCGGCUUCACCGCGAUCUCGUCGACCUACAGCGCCAGUGAGCUCGUCAAAAUACUCAACGAGCUCUUCGCGCGAUUCGACCAGCUCAGCGAACGAUACGAGCAAAUGCGCAUCAAGAUCCUGGGCGAUUGUUACUACUGCAUAAGUGGCGCACCCGUCGAAAGGCCCGACCACGCGAUCCUCAGCGUGCACAUGGGCCUGUCCAUGGUCGAGGCGAUCAAGUACGUCCAGCAAACGACGAACAGCCCCGUCGACAUGAGGGUGGGCAUUCACACGGGCGCGGUGCUCGCCGGUGUUCUGGGCCAGAGGCAGUGGCAGUUCGACGUUUACAGCAAGGACGUCGAACUGGCGAAUAAGAUGGAGAGCAGCGGCAGAGCCGGGAGGGUACACAUCUCGAACGCGACGCUGAGCUUCCUAAACGGCGAAUUUGAGGUCGAGCCGGCGCACGGGGAGGACAGGGAGGAGGCACUUCAAAAAGCCGGCCUUGUCACUUACUUUAUAGUGAGGGCCUUGAAGCCGUUUAAGCCGGCGGUGACGAAGAGCCUGGCGUCGCUCGCGGACGUCGAGAACACGCAGAAGACGAUGGAGAACGUGUCCGGCAAGAGAAACAGCAAAGAAGACUCCGAAGAAUUCCAGCAGCGUUUGAGAAAGAAACUCGACAGCAAAGGUGGUGAUAUUGACUUGGUCGCGCACAUCUUCUGGUGGAGCCUGAAGUUCAAGGAUCGCAACGUGGAGAAGGAGUUCGUAAACGUCGAGGAGGCCUUCUCGCCGUUGUCGCUCCUCGGCGGGCCUCUUGUGUUGCUGUGCGCCGCCCCGGUCUGGAGACUGAUGCCCUGGGGACCGUUCACGUGGGGUGGCGUCGGGGUGGUCACUCUUUUCGCCGUUGUCCUGGCCGGUGCCACUUGUCUGAGCAGCUCAAUCAGGGCGAUGUGGCUCAAAUCGACCCUCGCUCUUCUCAUGAUAUUUUCCAUCUCCAUCUUCCUGAUCUUCGACAUGGGCAACUGCGUGUUCAUCGAGAACGAGGCGCCGUCGAACACGUCGCUGAACACCUGGUCCCCGCGAUGUCCUUAUCCCUCCUAUUACUCGUACAUCGGCGUCCUCGUGCUGAUCGCGAUCUCGAUGCCGACGUAUCUCUGUUACCUGACCAAGGCUUUCCUCAUGUACGUCCUAGUUGGCAUGCAAUCCUACGUCAAUAUCGUGCACUUCGCCUCUCACCUAGACCGGGAAGACAUGACGUCGAAUCCGUACGUGCCCCCGUCGAAAAUCUUUCCUCUGAAAUACAUGCUGUCCCUCACGCUGGUCUUCGUCGCAAACGCGCUAAUAAUCGUGGCGAGAUACGCCGAGAUCUCGCGAAGGAUGCUGUAUCUUCGCGGACGGGAAGUUAUCGCUCAGAGGGAACGUGCUGCGGACAUGAAGCGAAGAAACGGCGCGCUGAUAUACAACAUUCUGCCCCCGCAUGUCGCGGCGUACUUUCUGUCUCACGCGAGACACUACGACGAUCUUUACAGCCAGAGCUACUCGGAGGUGGGCGUUCUGUUCGCCAGCAUGCCGAACUUCGCGGAUUUCUACAGCGAGGAGAGCAUCAACAAUCAAGGCCUCGAGUGCCUCAGGUUCCUGAACGAAGUCAUCUCCGACUUCGACGCCAUUCUCGAUCAUUCGAACUUCAAGAACAUCAUCAAGAUAAAGACGAUAGGGUCGACCUACAUGGCCGCCUCGGGAAUUACCGAGUCGGCGCAACCGGAGGACGGUCCCCGGUGGGGUCAUCUCGUCACACUCGUGGAGUUCGCCCUCGAGCUUAAGAAAGCUUUAUCGAGCAUUAACGAGCAGAGUUUCAAUCACUUCGUCCUUAAAAUGGGUAUCAAUCACGGACCAGUGACCGCCGGUGUCAUCGGGGCGCGAAAGCCCCAUUAUGACAUUUGGGGUAACACCGUUAACGUAGCCUCGAGAAUGGAGAGCACGGGGAAAGUCGGAUGUAUUCAGGUCACGGACGAGACGCGCAGGAUAUUGGAGCCCUUCGGCUUCGGUUUCGAGCAACGGGGUCUCGUUUUCGUGAAGGGCAAGGGACAGCUCUUGACACACUAUCUUAUCUCCAGAGAUGGCGUCUCUCUCGACCUCGACAGCGAUCUUCCCGUCGAACCUACCCAUCCUAUAAUUUAUCAGUAAAAUAUAUUUUCAAAGGCUCUAAACAGGAAUAUCGCACUUUUCUCGGAUAAAAUAGAUCUGAGAGGGGUUUUAAAAUGUAUGUUACUAUCUUCCUCGAAAAAAGCUGUCAGACCGGACGUCCGGCAAGAGCACCCUGACGUCCGUCCUUAGUCUCUUCCGAAACGAAGAGCAAAAGCUGACGCACCACAAACGUAAAAAAAAAAAAAAAAAAAAAAUAAUAAUUAUACCAAGCGAGUUUUCCUCAAGUAUGUUCGGCAUGCUAAAUGUAUUGUCGUAGAGAACUCUCUAAAUGUUAUAGCAUUCUCGUGUUUCUCAAAGGGAAAACGAAAAAAAAAAACGAGAUUACGCGCGAAGAAAGAAAGAGAAUGUAUCGUCGUGCGUCGCCAUCAGUAUUCAUCGUAAAAGUAACCAAACAAUGAAGAAAAGACGUAGUUGCCGAGUAUGCGUUCUCGCGCGCAAAAAACUUGUAAAACACACGCGUGUCACGCGCCGAACUCGCACAGGGUAAAUCACAAAGUAAGUAGAUGUAGAAAUAGAGCGCGCGAGAGCACCGAAAAAAAAAAAAAAAAACGGUAUAUAUUUCAAUGUGUAAAUAGCAACACAUUUGUGGAAAAGCAAGUUGUAUUGCCUAAAAAAAAAAAAAAAAAAACGAGAAGGUAGUGCGUUGUAGAUUCUAAUUGCAAGACGAAUGUUGUCGUCGGAAAAUGAACGACGGGACACACCGUCGAGCAACACACCGUCUCUCUCGAGGAUUCGAAAUAAUAAAUAAACAGACGUUAAUCACUUCGCACACUUGUGCGCGUGAUGGUGAGAAAAUAUUCUAAAUCCAUCUUCGUUUUCUAUUGCAUACUGAUGGAACGGAUGCUGAAGUUACAAUACGAGAACCGAAACUUUCGGCGGAUUCCGUUGGUUUCGAUCAGUGUCGAAUUCUCAGACGCGAGAAUUAAUUAAUUAAACAUUCGAAAGAGCCGUAUCGCAUAUCUCGAAAUAAUUCCUUGUCGAUUUUCGCGCGCCCGAUUCGUCACCUCACGGCUCGUCUCGGGCACACUUUGAGUUUUUUUUUUGAGAGCGUGGCCGAUGGCGAUCGGCGAGAACACGAAGAUGAUGCGUUCGGCGCGCGAAAAACAAUCGUCGAGGCGGUGAUGCAAAUUUGUGUCACUUUGCUUCAAAUUUAUCGCUAUUUAUUUGUUGAAGGUGUAAUUGACAUUGUUUUUGUAAUAAAUUUAGAGCAAAUGUGACGUUAUCACAUUCCUCUCGGUGGAACGAAGUUUCCUUUUCACACUUUUGAUCAAAAUAUCAUAGCUUCGUCGACGCGAAAAAAAAAAAAGCAAAACAUUUGAGAAAUAGAUAAGAAGUUUGUUCUCAUCGCGUCAGAUAUCGUUACUGACAUAUAUACAUACAUAUAUCUAUGAAAAAAAAAAUAUAUAUAUUAAAUAUUUUAUCUAAUCAAAAGAACAGACAACUUGAACGCGGACGAAGUCUCUCUUUAGGAACUUAGAAGGAGAACUUAUUUAUCCUUUUCCGGGAUAUACGUCAUCCGCGUGAUAGAGAGCGUGUGUGCGAUAUAUAUAUAUAUAGAUCGAAGACAAGUUUAUAUGAAACGGCGGCACACUUUUAACAAAGGAAAAUAUAAACAGUAGAGACUGUAAAAUGUGUGUCGUGUAAAAAGAAAGAAGAGGAAAAGGAGAAACAUCGCCGAUACGGUAGUAACUUAUUUUUCUACAGUCGCCGAGAGAGAGAGAGAGAGAGAAAGAGAGAGAGGGAGAGAGAGAGAGAGAGAGAAUUUAUUACAUUCCAAGACAACUCGAAAAUGCAAAGGUAAUUGGCAUAAAAAUGCCUUAAUAAUUGCUAGAUCUAGAAUUAUUCAAUUAUAGACAAUUAGGAGGCGCGGGUAAAUUGUAUAGUUACUCGCCAAUUUAACGUGUCUCGAUUUUUCUACACGACAGUAAAAUAUUCUAAAGAGUACUCAAAUACUUUACAGUCACAAACAAACAAAAAAUGCACAAAAAUUUAGAAAAAAUUUAAUUAAUUAAAUUAGACUAAUUGUAAGCAUCCGAAUAAAAUCACCUCAACUGACUCUACGUCUAAUAAUUAUUAAGGCACGUUUUUACGCCGAUUAUUGCACGAGGAAGCUUAGAAAAAAAAAUCACUUUUCUACUAACUCUUUCGUUACGUACGACGGCGUACACGAAUCUCUUGCAAAACGAACGCAAAGAUGUUUCCUUGCGCGUAGUUCGGGAGAAUAGUGCUACACGCUCGUUUUCUUGAUCGGGCUCGUGUAAUAUUCGUGCAACAAUCCGAAAAAAAAGAAACAAAACUCGCGAUGUGCAAAUUCGCGGCCACGUAACGAGAGGGUUGCGAAAGAGAGAAAGAGAAAGAGAGAAAGAGAGAGAGAGAGAGAGCGAAAGAAUGCAUGUGUGAGAGAGGGAACAGAAAAAAAUUUGAAUGCGAAGACAAGUAGGUAUCGGCCUAAGCGCAGAAGAAGUUUUGUCAAACGCAGAUCACUUCAUUCGCAGAGUGAAGCGAUAUACACUUCCAGAUCGUUCCACGAAUCGCGUACUUCCAUUUCCGGCCGGUUUUCUCGCCCGUGUAAUUAAUCUAGCGUACACAAAUAAUACACACACAAACGAACAACAAUUGACAUGCAAAGUACAUGCAAAUGAACACAUGCGCAUACGCACCAACGAUGGACACGCGCACACCGAUGUACACGUAUGCAGAUAAGAGAAAUUUUCUUGUAUAAAGUAGCAAUAAACGGAUUUUCGCGCAAGUGUACAUUUCCGCGAUCGAUCAACAUACAUAUACGCGAGAAAAGUGGACAGAUCAGAAGGCAAGAUGUGCGCGAGCCUUGUAUAAAAAAAAAAUAAGCGAGUUGAGAGAAAAUUUCGAGAGUUGUUCAAUGUUUUUAAUUGCAAUUAUUUUAUCUUGUUUUCACAUAGAUCAGAAUUCCACCAUUUGUUUUUACUUCGAUCAAAAAAAAGAGAAGAAAAUGUCGUUACAUUUAGUGGAAGAAAAAAAAAUUAUUAUCCCGUAAUUUUUACUAACAUUUUCUCUUAAUUUGUUUAUAUCUUUUGUUAACACAGGCUCGUCACGGACAAACGACAACUACGUUAAACGCGCAAAACGAUGUGAAUAUAACUGUGUAUAGUUUAUGUAAGAAAAACAAACAAAUUAUAUCACUGUUGAUAUGUUAGCACACUUUUAAUGUGAGGCGAGGCGAGAGAUAAUAGAGAAAAUACAUCUUUGUAAAACUUUCGGUGACUUCCUAAGUGCGACGAGGUAGGCGCGCGCGCAUGAAAAAAAAAAAAAUUAUAAUCAGAGUUACAUGUGGAAAAAUUGACAAUGAGAAACCCCAGAAAUUCCUGUGUCGACAAGAUAAUAAACGGCGUCUUCUCCUACGACUAUAGAUGAUGUAUCCGAGACAAAAAAAAAAAAAACAAAAAAAUUGCGGAAAAAGUAUUAUAUUACACACUCAUCGUUACACCGAAGAUAUGUAUUGAUUUUUCGAUUGCUGAUUGUUUAAAAAUGUAAGACAAGCUUUAAACUUUAAAGAUAAGACAAGCGAGCAUCUCACACACACACAUAAACACACACACGACACUGUACGAAGUUAGUGUAUAAAAAAAAUAAAACAACAAAAAAAAACUACCGUAAAAAGUAACAUUGCAAGCGUGGCCUAAUAAACGCUGUGUUUCGAAGUCACGAGUAAUUUAGCACGAAAAAAAACUUGUGAAAAAAGAGAGUAGGCAAUAAAGCGUUCCGUUCGAAACUGUGUGUGGUUUUAGAUUAUUCUGUAAAUGUUUUGUAUAAAUAAUAUGUCUGUGAAUUUCUUCGUCAGAGCGCGUUCUCUGAUGCGGAAAAACUCUUUCUGUCAACUUUCAGUUCGGCUGUUCUCCGAUGAUUGAGGAAUCAAGUCCGUCUUUGUAAACGUCUUAGGAUUACGCCAGUCGAAGACACGAACAAAUGUUUUAGUGUUAUAUAAAAACAUAACAUUAAAUAUCUUUGUAAAUAAAUUUCGAAUUAGCGAUCUGUGAAUUUGAAAGUAAAGUGAAAUUGAUGGGA